GCUUAUAAUGGAAACGUUUUGCUUAUUUUAAAAGUCAGCUAAUUUAAUUUGAUUUGCUUAAUUUCUUAUUUACAGUGCACACCAAUUCAAGUUAACUCAGUCCGUCGGCUUUGCACCAUGGACAACCUCCUGAAGAGCAUAUUCUCCUCUGAGGAAGAAGAGCUCUAUGUUUUGGAUUGUUUAGCGUACUUUAUGAUGUUUAUGGCAUUGGCUACGUUUUUUACAUUACUGUUUGAGAAUGUGCCUUAUGGCAGAUAUGCGUCAAGUAAAUACGGGUUUCCUGUCAAUGUUAAAUUGGCGUGGUUCAUCCAGGAGCUACCUGCGUUCUGUAUACCUCUGGGUUUGGUGUUCUGGACCUCAUCGGCGAAGUCUUCGCAAUUGGCCAACCAGUUGCUUCUCGCGAUGUAUUUUUGCCAUUAUGUUCAAAGGGCACUUAUAUAUCCAUUCUUAAUCCGAGGAGGGAAAUCCACACCAUUUGCCUCUUUUGCGCUGGCCUUUCUCUUCUGUUUAUACAAUGGAUACAUGCAGACGAGGUACUUGAGUCACUAUGCAGACUACCCACCUGAUUGGGUUACACAUCCGUGCUUCAUUACAGGAUCUUUGCUGUGGCUGCUGGGCUGGAUUACGAAUGUUCACUCUGACCAUGUCCUGAGGAACCUGCGAAAGCCUGGGGAAACAGGCUAUAAGAUACCCAGAGGUGGCCUGUUUGAGUAUAUAUCCGGAGCAAACUUUUUUGGCGAGAUCGUGGAAUGGGCUGGCUUUGCGCUCGCUGGUUUCUCCAUCCACAGUGCAGCCUUUGCCUUAUUCACGUUUGUUGUUCUCUCCAGCAGAGCAGUUUCACACCACAAGUGGUACCUUACAAAAUUUGAAGACUACCCCAAGUCAAGGAAAGCUUUGGUACCAUUUGUGUUCUAAAUCGUAAGAGUUUUUCAUAUGAUGGCCACCAUGACUGCAGUGUUUUCUGAAGGCGCAUGUAGUUUUAAUAUUCAGACAAAUGGAAUAUGAUGAAAUAGUAAUGUUUUGUGGAAUAUUAAUGAACAUUCUUUAAGAAAUUGGGUUUUAUUACCCAUAAAUGAAUGUUCUUGUUUUGAUGUGACCCCGUGCACAGAAAGGAAAAAUGGCAACAUUCCCUUCAUUCAUCUACUGUGUCCUUUCAUUUGCUUAUACAAGCAUACAAUAAUGUUAAUGCAGCUCAUCUCGCGACUAUGAGUAAACUGUUUAGGUUGAGUCUUACCAGUGACAAUACAGAGAAGUAAUCUUUAGCUGCUAGUUCACAGACCAUUACUCUGUACUGGUUUUGUGUUGACAUUAGCUGCCACAUUCAUCAGGCUAAUCCAUACAUGUGUGAUCUUUACUUUGAGCAGGUUCAACGGCAUUUUAAACUCAUACAUGUAUCAGCUCAAAUCUGACGCAAAGGAUAAAGUUAGGCCAAACUCAAACUGUGCGCCGUACACGUUUGGUUUUCAGGCGUUAUGUGUGUCAGACGGUCAGCAGCUGAAGCUGUUGUCAGUCAGAGGUCAAAUUGCAGUUAUGUCAAGCGUUUGUCCUUUUGAGAGUUAUUUCCCUGUUUAUGAACUUUGAGCUUUUUAUCUGCCAGUGGAAAUAAUGACUAUCUCUUCAUGCGAACUGAAGUCAGUUUAAACCCUCACAUUAAGCGCCUUAUGUGUUGUGAAAGAACAAGACAGUACUGAAUCAUAAUCCAUGUUCAAGGCUAAAAUGUCAAUGCUUGCAAAACUAGGAUGUUUAAGGUACACUACAGUGAUGUCAUAGAUCCACACAUACCUCAGUGCCCAGACUCACAUCUUGUUUUUUUUUGUUACUGUUCUUUAGAUAUAUUAAUUUCAAGUAUUUAACUUACGGUGCUCCAUGAGCUUUUUUUCAGGGACCGUUUUGUUAAAGUAGAAUUUAACUUACAUGUUAGUAUGAGCUGUAGAGAGUUCAGAUUCAGUCAAAUUCAAACUCUGGACAGGAAAUGUUGUUCAUCUUUAUUCUUCUGAACCCUACUCCUCUUACUGUGAAAUAAACGUUCGCAUACCUUUUGUACCUUAUCUUUUUUUUUUUUAACAAAACACUAAGAAUGUGACACACAUUUCGCACAAUGAAAUUCGUUUGACCAUUGUUUCCCUCUAAGCCUCAUUAUACACAUGCCAAGGGCAUGCCUGAACAGUCUCCGUUGACAACUGAGCUAUUCAACCUUUUUAUUCUACUCUGUCCUCCUACAAUGUGUAUAUGCAGCACUGCUAAUAAAGGCACUCUGAAGCUGA